AUGGAACUAGACUUUAAUAACGAUUUGGAGAAGCGCAUUUCGGAUGCCUUUUGUGUAUUUGACCAUCAUGGCGACAAAUUGAUUGAUGUCCGUGAAGUGGGCACCGUGCUGCGUCUUUUGGGAUGUGUGCCCACUGAACAGGAGGUCAAUGAGGUCAUUUCGGCCACCGAGACGGAGGAGACAAGCGGUGUGGUGCAUUUAACCAAGUUUCUGCCCCACGUCUCGCAGUUGCUUAUGGAACGCAAAAUGGAACCAGCGGCGCCUGAGAAAAUUCUUGAAGCUUUUAAAAUAUUGGAUUUUGAAAACAAUGGAUAUCUUACUAAAGAGAGCUUUGGUAAGCUAAUGAUGGAGGAGGGGGAGCCAUUUACACAAGAGGAAAUGGAUGAAAUGUGGCCAGUUGCGAUUGAUCCAAUCAGCGGACAUAUACCCUAUGAAUUGUAUUUGAAUCAAUUGAUGGUAUACCUUUAAAAAUUGCAAUCGACACUAUAAGUUACG